ACACACCCAGUCACACACACAGACUCUCCUUUCUUGAAGCUAGUUAAAUUGCACAAUUCGAAUCAAACUUAUCGCGAAACUUUUUAUUAAAUAAAAAAGUAUAUCCUCGAAAAAUUAAACGAACUUAAAACUUCUCCAUAUUCCACUCGUGUGCCAGCAAAAACAACAGAAAAUGGCUAAACUGCAAAUUGUCGUCCUGUGUGCCGCGCUCGCCUUCAUCGCCUGCAUCUCCAUCAGCGAAGCGGAGCCUCAGCAACGCGGACAACGCGUAUACUAUCGUCCUGCAGCUGCGCGCUACCAGCGUCCACGCACUCGCUAUCUGGCCCGUCAGGAGGAAGCCGACGCCGUGCCUGAGGCACCAGCAGUCACCCCAUACCCUUCUGCGGAUGAACUGAAACCAGCUGUGCCCUUCGAUGAGGGUUCUCCCGCUACUAACAUUCCUGACGAAGUGUACGGUCCACCAGAAGCCAACCAGCCCGAUGAAAUAUACGGCCCACCUGAGGUCGAUGCCAACGAGUUGCCCGCCGAUGCCCCCGUUGAGGCGCCAGCCGCUGACCCAGCUGCCGAAGAUUUCCCUGCGCCUUUGGAUGAACAGCAAGCUCGCUUGGUAGCUGUACGUCGCGCUGCUGCAUUACGUCAACGCCAGCGCAAAGUGGCUGCCUACCGUCAAGCGUUGGCUGCCCGCGCCGCCGCACGCCCACUCAAGUUAAAGGCAGUGGCCCCGCGCCGCCAUUGAGUUGAUUGCGCUGAUGCUGGAGUGUGAGUGCUGCAGAAGAGCUGCAAAAAGUUGUAAAUUUUUGUAAAUUUAAGAAAAUUUUACCAACUUUUUAUGCUUAAUUUGAAACAGAAAAACAUAAAAAACAUAAAAAGUGCUUCCACUAUUACAAAUAAUGUAUGUAUGUAUGUAUGUAUGUGUAUAUAUUAAGUUACUGCUGCGCCCGCAGCACAUCACCGCCAAUCCUAAACAAUGUAUCUAAAACAAGGACACCACUCAGCCGACACCACGAUGAGAAGACUCAACUUUUGUAAAUUAUUUUAUUUUUAAUUUUGUUAACUGUUUGAUGAAAA